AUCAAGUUUUUCUUUUAUGUCUCUUGCUAGAAAGGAAACAAACAUGGUUAAAUCUCAAGAUAUGGGAAAAAAUAAAUUAGAGACUAUCUGGAACACGAAAAUUCCUGAUGCAGAAUUAGAAAAAUUCAAAGAUGUUAUCCAAAGAAAGUACAAAAUAAAUUUUGGUUCAUAUUGGGAUUUCCAUAGUUGGUCAGUGAAAAAUUUUGAAACUUUUUGGCAUGAAGUAUGGCAGUACUUCCAAAUUAUUUCUUCAAGUCCUUAUAAAAAGGUUUUUGCGAAAAAUGGGCCUGGAUUUCUGGAUAAUAUUUGGUUUGAAGGAGCUACAAUGAAUUAUGCUGAAAAUCUCCUGAAAUUCAGAGAUGAUAGAAUAGCCAUUAACUAUGUUGAUACGGAUGGAAAUAAGGAAUCAAUCACUUUUUCUGAGCUGUAUAAACAGGUAAGUCUAUAUGCAGCAGCUUUUAAGAAGAAUGGACUAAAGAAAGGAGACAGAGUAGCCAGCUACAUGUCGAACAGAAAAGAAUCUGUGAUCGCUAUGUUGGCUGCUGUUAGUAUUGGAGCUAUAUGGGGAGGAGCUCAUCCGUUAUACGGUGCUAAAGCAGCUUCAAAAAUCAUGGAAAGAAUGCAACCUAAAUUUCUCAUAGCUGUUGAUAGAUUUCCAUGGGACGAGGAACACUAUAUACUUAAUUAUUUACCAGCCAUUGCAAAAGGUAUUCAAUCAUUGGAGAAAGUAAUCAUUGUUCCUACUAAACCAGAGACUUUGGAAAAGGACUUGACCUUUAUUCAAAACAGUUGUCUUUUAGAUGAAUUUUUGAUGACCGGAAAAUCCCUGGAAGGUCACAUUCCCGAUGUUGAAUUUGAACAAGUAUCCGCCAACCAUCCAGUUUUCAUUUGUUUCACAUCUGGGACAACAGGUACUCCCAAAGGUGUCCUUCAUUCUGGAAAGGUGUUGCUUUCUAUGCUUGUCAGCCUGUCACUUCAUUGCAACCUGAAGCGUGGGGAUGCUAUCUUCUCUCAUUAUGCGGUGGGCUGGAUUCUAUGGAAUUUUUAUGUCAAUUGCCUUGCUCUCGGGAUGAGAUUAGUUCUUCAUGAAGGCUAUCCUCUCAAAACUGAAGACGGAUACAAUUAUUGGGACAAAGUAGCAGAGAGUGAAGCAGCAGCUGUUACUGUGGUGCCAAGUUUGCUUGAAAGAAUGGAACAGUUAAAAAAUUUUCCAAGUUCGAGUUCAAAUUUUGAAAAGUUAAAACUGAUUAAAAUUGGAGGUAGCACUGUGAAAAUGGAAAAUAUCCAAUACCUUCUCACUCAUAUAUCAAAAGAUGUAUUAGCUGCCUCUGUAUUUGGAUCUACAGAAAGCUGUGGUUACAUAACAGCGAUUGAUUGGAAUUUACCUUCUUAUGGUACGGAAGCCCAAGUACCAACCCUUGGUAUGGACUUGCAUUGCUUCAAUUCGAAUGGUAAGCCUGUUAUCGGAGAAAGAGGAGAGUUAGUGAUAGCAACACCUACACCAUCAUUGCCUGAAGGGUUGUGGAUGGAUGAAAACAACAAAAUUUUGACUGAAAGCUACCUCUCCAAAUAUCCUGGUGUUUGGUGCCAAAAUGAUGAAUGUUGGAUCAAUCCUAAGACAAGAGGCAUAACAUUCCACGGGAGAAGCGACGAUACAAUUACUCAAAAUGGAGAGCGAUUUUUACCCAACGACAUUUACUUUGCAAUUCAAGAUAUGGAAGAGCUGGAAGAUUAUCUGUGCGUGCCUCAAAAACGGGAUGAUGAUGAUCGAGCUGUUCUUUUUCUAAAAUUAAAAUGUGGACAGAUUUUUACUGCAGGCCUAAAACGAAAGGUUACCAGUAAAAUUAGAGAAGAGCUUUGGAUGGAUAUAGUGCCUAAAGUUAUUAUUCCGGUAACUGAUAUACCAUACAACGUAAACGGCAAGAAAAUGGAAAGCAUAGUGAAGAAAAUCAUCUCAACCAAUAUAAUUCCGGAUAUUUCAAACAUUAGAAAUCCCGAAUGCUUACCUCAAUACUGUGACAUUCCCGAAAUUCUAAGCUACAGUGAGAAUUAGUCUCCCUUUCAGGUCGUUUGAUUAUUUCGAAGAAUCCUAACAGUACUUCUAAUCUUCUAAAAGUUAGAAGAUUUCGCUUACUUUAUUUGUGAUUUAAUCUAAUAUU